UCCGGCUGCGGCUCCGGCAUCCAGCUGCUGCGGCCGCAGGUUCCCGAGCGGGUCUGAGCCGCUGUGGGCGCGCCGCGCACUGCAGCCCCAGCCCCGACCCCCAUCCGCGUCCGCGCUGCUGCCCCUCCUCGGCCAGGCCCUAAAGGCAAGGACAAAGAGGCUCUCCGGGAGGCUCUGCUGGAGCUAGAUUUACCCGCACUUGCUGGGACCCACAGGCUCCAAGAUGGUUUGCGGGGGCUUCGCGUGUUCCAAGAACUGCCUGUGCGCGCUCAACCUGCUCUACACUUUGGUUAGUCUGCUGCUCAUCGGAAUUGCUGCGUGGGGCAUUGGCUUCGGGCUGAUCUCCAGUCUCCGAGUGGUGGGCGUGGUCAUUGCCGUGGGCAUCUUUCUGUUCCUGAUCGCGUUAGUGGGGCUGAUCGGAGCCGUGAAACACCACCAGGUGUUGCUUUUUUUUUACAUGAUUAUUCUCUUACUUGUAUUUAUUGUUCAGUUUUCUGUAUCAUGUGCUUGUUUAGCACUGAACCAGGAGCAACAGGGUCAGCUUUUGGAAGUUGGUUGGAACAAUACAGCAAGUGCUCGAAAUGACAUCCAGAGAAAUUUAAACUGCUGCGGGUUCCGAAGUUUUAACCCAAAUGACACCUGUCUGGCUAGUUGUGUUAAAAGCAGCGCCUCCUGCUCACCAUGUGCUCCCAUAAUAGGAGAAUAUGCUGGAGAGGUUUUGAGAUUUGUGGGUGGUAUUGGCCUCUUCUUCAGUUUCACAGAGAUCCUGGGUGUUUGGCUGACCUACAGAUACAGGAACCAGAAAGAUCCUCGUGCUAAUCCUAGUGCAUUCCUUUGAUGAGAAAACAAGGAAAAUCUUUCAUAUUCUGACCUUGUUCACUUUCUCUCCCUUUUGAGUUAAGCUAAUUUGCUUGCUUAAGGAAGCAGUAUCUGAAACAGUACAUUAUUGACAGUGGAAUUAUAUAUUUUUUACUCUCCUAUGUUUCUCUAAAUGUUUUUCUUUUCCCAUUGCUAAAAAAGGAAAAAAAAAAGAAAGAAACUUGUGGUCACCUCUACACCUCAGUGGUACCUGUAAUCUACUGUAUUCACAGUGUCUGGCACUGUCCACUGUGGCCUUUCUUAUUAGCAUUUUUACCUGCAGAAAAACUUUGUAUGGCCCUAUUGUGUAGAUCAUAUUGUGAAUCUAAAUACAUAUUUCACUGGAAUAAUCAACUAUAUGUAGCAGUGUGCUGUGUAGAUAUUUCCUACUAGAAAAAAAAGUUGAAGUUUAUUAAAGCCAGAAAGUAUGAGGUCCUGUUAUGUUCAAUAAGGGAAAGUACAAAUUCCCAACUUUUUUGUCUUUUUAGGGAAGAUGUAUUGUGGUGAAAACUGUUAAUAUAAAAGUGAUAAUUUAGUUCUAGUAGUCUUUUAUUAUUGCACUAAUGUAUUCUAUUCUAGAAGUAGCUGUGUCUUUAGGAAAGUGUGGCUUAGUAUUUGAUUUUUACAGGUAAGUGCAAAGGAGAAAUGGUCUUAUGAAUGUCCUAAUGUCUAAUAUUUGCCUUCAGCCUUCAAAAUGGAAUGCGUUUGAGAAAUUAGAAAGUAUAUCUAUAUAACCUUGACAUUCUUUUAUAAUAAUUUGAAGUCCCGAAGACUACAUUUUUAAAUAAGUUACUCUUAAUGCAUUGGCCCACAUAGCAAAAAGAUAUCUGAUUAUCUUACAAAUUGUUACUUUUUCAUGAAAUUUCUCAAUAUGGUAAGAGCAACUUGUCAAAUCCAAGCAUAUUUGAAUGCCAUCUCCCAUAAUUUGAAAUUGAGAGUAUUGUGGUUCUGUAUAUUAUGUUAAAAAUUAAAGAAUGGAAACCUU